CCGUCCCGCUAGACCGGAAGCCGCGCGGGCUGCGUGCGCCUUUCGGCCCGGGAAGGUCGGCGCCGUGGCGAGGGGUCGCGGUCCGCGAGCUGCGCGCGUCCGGGCCCAUGGGUCUCCAUGGCGACGGCGGGGGCCCGGCAGCCGGAGCGGGGCCGUGGCGCUCCGGGGGCCUCUGCGGCAGCGUGGCCGUGUUCGCCGCCGUGGCUGCCGUGUUCACCCUCACGCUGCCCCGCUCGCUGCCGGGGGGAGACUCGGGGGAACUGAUCACAGCCGCGCAUGAGCUUGGAGUCGCCCAUCCCCCCGGCUAUCCGCUGUUCACACUGGUGGCUAACCUGGCAAUCACCCUCUUUCCUUUUGGCUCCGUCGCCUACCGCGUCAAUCUCCUCUGUGGCUUAUUCGGGGCCGUAGCGGCUUCGCUCCUUUUCUUCACCGUUUUCAGGCUUUCUGGCUCUCAUGCCGGAGGAAUCCUUGCUGCGGGGGUGUUUUCGUUUUCUCGCCUAACAUGGCAGUGGUCCAUUGCAGCCGAGGUUUUUAGCUUAAACAAUCUGUUUGUGGGGCUGCUCAUGGCGCUUACCGUGCGUUUUGAGGAGGCAACAGCCGCAAAGGAGAGAUCAAAGAUAGCAGCCAUUGGAGCUUUCUCAAGUGGCCUCAGCUUGUGUAAUCAGCACACAAUAGUCCUCUAUGUCUUAUGCAUAAUACCCUGGAUUCUCUUCCGACUCCUGAAAGAGAAGGAACUCACCCUUAGCCUGCUGCUGAAGCUGGGCCUGGCCUUCUCUGCUGGCCUGCUGCCCUACGUCUACCUGCCUGUCUCAUCCUACCUCAGUCAUGCCCGCUGGACCUGGGGAGACCAGACGACACUGCGAGGGUUUCUGAAACAUUUUCUCAGGGAAGAAUAUGGAACAUUCAGCCUGGCCAAGUCUGAAGUAGGAUCAAGCGCGUCUACAGUGCUGCUUUCACAGAUAAUAAAUAUGAAGACCGAACUUUCAUUCAAUAUCCAAGCUCUUGCCGUUUGGGCAAAUGUAUGUUUACUUAGAAAGGACAGACGGAAGUCGUCAGUAGUAUGGCUUUUCACUGGGAUGCUUUGCGUGUACUCAUUAUUCUUCGCUUGGCGAGCAAAUUUAGAUAUUUCAAAACCACUUUUCAUGGGGGUGGUGGAGCGAUUCUGGAUGCAGAGCAAUGCGGUGGUGGCCGUUCUCGCUGGCCUUGGUUUGGCCACACUUGUGUCCGAGACGAGCCGAGUGCUCAGCUGUAAUGGGGUUCGGAGCCUGGAGUGGCUGUCAGCGGCCCUCUUCAUUGCUUAUCAAGUGUACUCAAACUACAGCAUUUGUGACCAAAGAACCAAUAACGUGAUUGAUCAGUUUGCACGAAAUCUUCUGAACUCCAUGCCUCCCGAUGCUAUCAUCCUACUGAGAGGAGACCUUCCGGGGAACGCGCUCCGUUACUUGCAUUACUGCGAGGGAUUGAGACCAGAUGUUUCUUUGGUGGAUCAAGAAAUGAUGACCUAUGAGUGGUACUUACCCAAGGUGGCAAGGCAUUUGCCAGGAGUGCACUUUCCUGGGGACCGGUGGAACCCUGUGGAAGGAGUGUUACCGAGUGGAAUGGUCACAUUCAAUCUUUAUCACUUUCUUGAAAUGAAUAAACAAAAAGAAACAUUUGUUUGCAUAGGGAUCCAUGAAGGUGACCCAACCUGGAAAAAGGACUAUUCACUUUGGCCGUGGGGAUCUUGUGACAAGUUAGUGCCCUCAAAGAUUGUAUUCAACCCAGAGGAGUGGAUUGAGCAUACAAGAACCAUCUACAAUUGGACUGAGGAAUACGGAAGAUUUGAUCCAUCUUCUUGGGAAUCCGUGGCCAACGAGGAGAUGUGGCAAGCAAGGAUGAAGACUCCAUUUUUCAUCUUCAGCCUGGCGGAGUCUGCCGCAGUUCCUGCUGAUGUGAAAGCACAACUGUACACCCACGCAUAUAAACUUUAUAAAGAGAUCGUGUACUUGCAAGAGGAACACCCAGUGAAUUGGCACAAGAACUACGCCAUCGCCUGUGAGCGGAUGCUGCGCCUUCCAGGGACCGGCGAGGACCCUGAAGUCCUGCUGUCUGAAACCAUCAGACAUUUUCACCUCUAUACUCAGAAAGCACAGAAUGACCCCCAGCGAGCAAGCAUCAUGGCUGCUCUCAAGCAUCUAAGACGAGAACUACGAAGUCUGAGAAAUACUAGAGAGGUCUGAGCCAGCCAGGGGGUAGCUCUGCUUGCCGCUCCACUUCCAAAGUUUCUAGUCCAAGAGUUUUCCCCUCAAGUAAAGACGCAGCACCACAGAAGGGGAGACCUCAGCAUCUCCUGGAUAAAGCUAUCACGUGCAGCAGAAAGAAAGUAAUGGCUGAAAUGC